GACUACUCCCAUCUCUAAGUGAGACCGUCAACUGCGUUUCUUCGGUUGAAAUUUUGCAAACAAAAAUGGUGGGGUCCAACUUCGGCAUAAUUUACCAUAAUUCUGGCUCUGGAGGCUCCGGACAAGGAAACCAAGCGUCAAACGCAGGCGGUGGUGCUGGAGAUCGGGAACGAACUGCACCAGCCUCCCACCUCAGCGACUUUAUGUCCCAACUGGAGGACUACACGCCUUUGAUUCCAGACGCAGUAGCAGCCCACUACCUAAAUAUGGGAGGAUUUCAGGCGGACGAUAAGCGUAUUGUUCGGCUGAUCAGCAUAGCCGCACAAAAGUACAUGUCGGACAUAAUAGAUGAUGCCUUGCAACAUUCAAAGGCCCGCACACAUAUGCAAACUACUAAUAUUCCAGGAGGCUCAAAGGCCAAGGACCGCAAGUUCACGCUUACUAUGGAAGAUCUGCAGCCAGCCCUAGCGGAUUACGGUAUCAAUGUUAGAAAAAUGGACUACAGUCAAUAAUAAAGUUCAGAUUUGUUACUACUUUCCACACACCUAUUCUGACAAAUUAUUUUAUUUGUGUAGAAGAAAAUACGAUUUAAAAUAUUUUUUUAUUAUCAUCAUUCAAUAAAUAAGUCUACUGAAAAUAAACUAAAUUCUUAAAUUUGCAA